AUGGAGAGUGCUGGCUCUGUUGCUGCUCCAGCAAAUGCAGAUGGCUAUGAUCCCAUGGCUGAUCCAAAGAGGAGAGCGAAAUCCAAUGAUCCCGGAUGGAAGUAUGGGUACUGGACAGAAAUUGGGAACCGAGAAAAGGUCACUUGCAUCCUUUGCAAGACAGUGACAACAGGUGGAAUCAAGAGGUUGAAAGAGCACCUUGUUGGAGGGUAUGCAGACACGACCAUGUGUUCCCAGACUACUACUGAGAUUAGAAAAGAGAUGAAAGCAUAUUUGGACAAGAAUAAGAGAAAUAGACCAAUCUUCAUUGAUGAUGAUGACAAUGAUGAUCGACAACAGCAACAGAGAGGGAGAGGGCAGGAACAGCAAGACAGCGAAGAGGUUGAGAUUGUUCAUCCAAGCUCAGGGACAGCUGCCAAGAGAAGUAGGGCCGCAUUCCAGUAUAGGACAGCAGGUCAACCUUCAAAAACACCCACUAGCACAGCAAAAGAGGCUGGAAAAGUUGCAACAAUGCUUAGGAGAACUCCUGAACAAGUGUUUCAGAUUGCUUGUGAGGCCACCGCACAAUAUGGUUCAGGGUAUGUGCCUCCUACCAUGCAUGAGGUGCGAGAGCCUUUACUUCGUGAGUGUGUCAAGGAUGUGAGUAACAUGAGGGCUGCACAUGAGUUGGCAUGGAAGAAUUAUGGCUGCACACUAAUGUCUGAUGGAUGGACCGAUAGAAGGGGGCAUCACUUGAUCAACUUUCUUGUCAAUAGCCCAGAGGGGACUUACUUCUUGGAGUCAGUUGAUGCAUCAGCUGAAAAGCAUGAUGCACUGUUGCUAGCUGAUUUGCUUGAGAAGAGGAUAGAUAGCAUUGGAAGAGACAAGGUUGUUCAAGUAGUCACCGACAAUGGAGCUAACUAUAAGGCAGCAGGAGAACUUCUAAUGCAGCGGAUUCCAACAUUGUUUUGGUCCCCAUGUGCAGCACAUUGCUUGGACUUAAUGUUGGAAGAUAUUGGAAAAUUGAGAGAAUUUGAGAAGCCUAUUAAACAAGCCAAACAAAUCACCACUUUUAUUUAUAGGCAUGGAAGAAUUCUAGCAGCGAUGAGGGAGAAGACAGGUGGGAUGGAUCUUGUAAGACCUGCAGCCACUAGAUUUGCCACUUGCUUUCUUACUUUGAAGAGCUUGCAUAAGCAUAGAGAUGCAUUGAGAGGACUAUUUGUGAGUGAUAUAUGGAACUAUAACAAGUUGGCAAAGACACAAGCUGGCAAGAAUGUGUGUGAUAUUGUUCUAGCAAAGGUCUUUUGGUCCUCAAUUGAAGAUUGUCUUAGAGCUUCAGCACCUCUUCUUAUUGUGCUUAGGGCAGCUGAUGGUGAUGAGAAACCAGCUAUGGCUGAAGUUGCAGCCUUAAUGAAUGUUGCAAAAGAAAAAAUCAAGUUAAGCUUCCCUACCCAAAAUAAGCAAGCAUUGCUGAACAAGAUCACACACAUCAUUGAGAGGCGGUGGGAGGAUCAAAUGAAUCAUCCAUUGUAUGGAGCAGCACUCUAUUUGAACCCUGGGAAAUUCUUUGCCAUCUAA